ACUGAGAAAGGAAGGAAAAAUAGCUCCAACUAAACACACAAAGGAAUUUUUAAAAGACUGUCUCCCUGAAAGUAUUUUAGAGGAAUUACAAACGUAAAGUCUCACUUGCAGAAUUCUAACAGUGAUCCCACGAGAAAGGCAGUUCUGGCAUGAAUGUUUACAGCACUGGACCUUCUUCUUACCAAGAGCCGCUGCCCUGCAGUUAUUUUUCUGGAGAAAGAAUUCUCAGUUGUUGUGCUGCCUUUGAAAGACUGCAACCAAAUGAAAGAACCAGAUGGCUCUGUUACGAAAAAUUAAUCAGAUCCUACUGUUCCUUCUUGUUUUGACUGUCUGUGUCAUUCUGUAUAAUAAAGUUCACAAAUUGCCAUCUGCUGACCUAAGGAAUGAACCAGUUGAUUUGGAGAGCCCCGAGGAAAUGGAAGAAGAAAUUCCUGUGGUGAUUUGUGCUGCUCCAGGCAGGAUGGGUGCAGCAGUUGCCGCAAUCAGCAGCAUUUAUAGCAACACUGACUCAAAUGUAUUGUUCUAUGUAGUUGGGCUGAGGAACGGCAUUCCACAUAUCAGAAAGUGGAUUGAAAAUUCCAGACUGAAAGAUAUAAAGUUUAAAAUUGUGGAAUUCAAUCCCAUGGUACUAAAAGGGAAAAUCAGACCAGAUGCAGCACGCCCUGAAUUACUUCAGCCUCUCAACUUUGUACGAUUUUAUCUCCCUCUACUUAUCCACGAACAUGAAAAAGUAAUAUAUCUUGAUGAUGACGUGAUUGUGCAAGGUGAUAUCCAAGACCUGUAUGACACAAAGUUAUCUCAUGGCCAUGCUGCAGCUUUUUCAAAUGACUGUGACCUGCCGUCAACUCAUGAAAUGGUUAGAAGCGUAGGAAUGCAGAAUACCUAUAUGGGGUUUCUGGACUACCGAAAACAAACAAUCCGAGAUCUUGGCAUAAGUCCCAGCACCUGCUCCUUUAAUCCUGGUGUCAUUGUUGCCAACAUGACAGAAUGGAAGCACCAACGAAUCACGAAGCAGUUAGAAAAAUGGAUGCAGAAAAAUGUAGAAGAGAAUCUGUACAGUAGCACUCUUGCUGGUGGGGUGGCCACUUCCCCAAUGCUCCUUGUAUUCCAUGGAAAAUAUUCACCGAUUAAUCCUUUAUGGCAUAUUCGACAUCUAGGAUGGAGUCCUGAUACCAGGUACUCAGAGCAUUUCCUUCAAGAAGCCAAGUUACUUCACUGGAAUGGAAGAUACAAGCCUUGGGAUUAUCCUAGUGUUCAUACUGACCUGUGGGAAAAGUGGUUUGUUCCUGACCCUUCAGGGACUUUUAAACUGGUUCGUCCUAAUAGCUGAUAUCAUUUAUGCUUUUAAGGCAACAGGAUUAGUCAUUUCCAGCAUGCACAAGGUACUUAGUAUGUCAUGAUGUGAUUUACCUCCUUUGUUGUACGUAAGAGUGGCUGUAUGAUACUGACUUUUACAAAGCCAACCUAAGUGUUGAAGAGACAACUCAAAAUGAAAUCUACUGAGGAGCGCAUUAGGUCCAUGAUGCAGUAUGCACAGUUCAAAGAUGCUUCAAUGUCAAGAUCUGCUAUGAAGACUACAUUGUUAAGGAGACACUAGUCUUUAUAAAACCAGAAUCUCCAUGCUCUGUUUCUUACUGAGAUACCAUUUGCAGCACUUUGAAUUCAAAGUGCUUUGCCUUAAAGUUUACCUCCUGUAGUUAACAUUAAAGUAAAACUA